CGUGGGGACCGAUAUGGUUGUUCACAAGUGAAAUAAUGGAUCUACGGACCGAAACGGACGAGAGUAUGGGGUUUUACAGGCUUCUGUUUCGUUUGCUUGCUAAGAAACUGUAACUAGUCGAAAUGGGUAGAGUUAUCAGAAACCAAAGAAAGGGUGCAGGUUCCAUCUUCACUGCUCACACCAGAUUGAGAAAGGGAGCAGCCAAGCUCAGAACCUUGGACUACGCCGAAAGACACGGUUACAUCAGAGGUGUCGUGAAGCAGAUCAUCCACGACCCAGGUAGAGGUGCUCCAUUGGCCAGAGUUUCCUUCAGAGACCCAUACAGAUUCAAGUUAAGAGAAGAAACCUUCAUUGCCAACGAAGGUGUCUACACCGGCCAAUUCAUCUACUGUGGUAAGAGUGCCUCUCUUAACAUCGGUAACGUCUUGCCAUUGGGCUCCUUGCCAGAAGGUACCAUCGUCUCCAACGUCGAAGAGAAGGUCGGUGACAGAGGUGCUUUGGGCAGAACCUCCGGUAACUACGUCAUCAUCAUCGGACACAACCCAGACGAGAACAAGACCAGAGUCAAGUUGCCAUCUGGUGCCAAGAAGAUCAUUUCUUCCGACGCCAGAGGUGUCAUUGGUGUCGUCGCCGGCGGUGGUAGAAUCGACAAGCCUUUGUUGAAGGCCGGUAGAGCAUUCCACAAAUACAAGGUCAAGAGAAACUCGUGGCCUAAGACCAGAGGUGUUGCCAUGAACCCAGUCGAUCACCCUCACGGUGGUGGUAACCAUCAACAUAUUGGUAAGGCUUCGACCAUCUCCAGAGGCGCUGUUUCUGGUCAAAAGGCCGGUUUGAUUGCUGCCAGAAGAACCGGUUUGUUGAGAGGUUCUAAGGACAAGAACGACGACUAA